AUGAUGAUGAUGAUGAUGAUGGACGGUGCAGAUCAUCAAGAUCAUGAAGAAGCUGUGAUGGGUUAUAAGGAUCAGAGCCAGAUGAUGAUCAUCAAAGGCAAACGCACCAAACGGCAGAGGCUGGCUUCUCCUGUUGCUCAUGCCUCAACAGCAACAGCUUCAAGCUCAUCUAGUGCAGGUCAUGAUCAUCAACAUCAAGUCCUUGUUGGUCCCACAGAAACCUCACCAGCCACCUCAGCUGAUCAAUUCACAGAGAUCAGUACAGAAGAAGAGGAGGACAUGGCAAACUGUUUGAUUCUUUUGGCUCAAGGAAAUUCAACCCCCAAAACCCAACACCCCAUAUUGGUUCACAACAAUAAGGCUUCAGCUUCAGCUGGGUUAUAUGUUUACCAGUGCAAGACAUGUGACCGGUGCUUCUCUUCGUUCCAAGCUCUUGGUGGACACAGAGCCAGUCACAAGAAACCCAACAAGGCUAACAUGAACAUCACACAGGACAACAAGAAAGCCUUGUCGUUCGUGGAAGAAGCGGAGGAGUAUGAUCGGUUUAACAACACGAGCACCACCCUUUCGUUACAAAUAUCUAAUCGGGAUUACAGGGCAUCGAGCAGUGCUGCUACUCCCGUUAUUAAUAGCAAAGCCAAUAAGGUUCAUGAGUGUUCAGUUUGUGGUGCUGAGUUCACAUCUGGUCAAGCUCUAGGGGGUCAUAUGAGGAGGCACAGAACAUUUAUGAACACAACAACAACAACAGCAACAACAGCGGCUAUGAGUUCUCCGCAGCCACAAUCAGGAUCAAAGAGACCAAGAAGUAUUUUGCAGUUGGAUCUUAAUCUUCCUGCACCAGAAGAAGAACGCCUCGAAACCAAGUUUCCCUUUGGCCCCAAGAAGGAACAAGUCAUUGUCUUCUCCACCUCUCCUUUGGUGGGUUGCCAUUACUAA